AUGGGAGCUCGAACCGGCCUUCGCAAAAGACGCAGAAAGACCAGGUUGCCGCUGUCCCUCCUCGGGGAUCUCAGCGGUGGCCUGGCCCGUCGGGGGCCUCCUCAAGCCUGUCUCCUCAGGCUGCCCCCUGGGCGGCCGUGUGCGCGCGGGCGGGCCGUGCGAUGGCGGCUUGAGCACCUCUUGUCUCUGCAGUGGGUGGAGUCAGAUUUGUUGUGUGAGUACCCCUUGCUGUGUGGUGCCAUGACAACGCAAUUUUGUACCUCGUCGACUUCUACUUUGCAUGCCAUCUCCUAUCCUGUUUCUUCUUCCCCAUCCUCGUCGUGGCGGCGGAGAGCGAGAAGGCUGAGACUCGCCAUGUUUCGACAAGCCCUCUUUGACAUCCAUACUCUGCAGUGCGUUCCAGUGGGGAUGCAGUCUCCAGAGGUGGUGCAGUCUCCAGCCGUGGGGCAAUCUCCAGAGAUCCGUGUGCCAGAGGCUCUGGGUGUGAUGACUGAGUCUUUCGACGGAGUCGCUAAACCCGAUGGGCCAACUGAUCGUGGGAAAGCUUUCUCGUCCUAUUCUGUUGCUUGUUCUCCAGAUGCGGUGCAGUUUCCAGAUGGUGUGCUGGUUUCUGUUUCUUUUCUUCCUGGUGUUCAUAAUGAGGAGUUGCAGGACGAGGAGGUGCUGAAUGAGCAGUUGCAUUAUUCUCAGCAUACUUUUUCUUUUGAUUUCAGCUCUGAAGUUUGCCACGCUUCAUCUCCGGACGCUCCGUCGGAUUGUCUUGGGAAGGCUGGGCAGGAAUAUCUUCAGGUGUGGAAGGAGGUGGAGGAGUCUCCUGAUGUGGUGCAGCCUCGAGAUGUGUUACAGUCUUCGGAGGGUGUGCUGCAGUCUAUACUGGUUUCUGUCUCUAUUGACCCUGCGGUUCUGAAUGAAGAUUGGCAGGACAAUCUUAAGAAGGUGAUGGGCGAUGAGGUCGAGCAUGUUCAGCCUGAUUCUGCGGUUGACUGGAGCUCUUCAGUAACUAACAACAACAGCAAAAACUCGGAAGUGGUUUCUGUUUCUGUUGAUCCAGGUGUUCUGAAAGAGGAGUUGCAUGAUGAGGAGUUGCAGGGUGAGGAGUUGCAGAAUGAGGAGUUGCGGAAUGAGCAGUUGCAUUGUUCUCAUUAUAAAGAUUCUAUGAUUUCACACCCUGGGAGUUCAACGACUGGGAGUUUAUCUAAUGCAGUUGUGAGUUCAGCAGUGACGGAGGACGAGUGUCAAGCUGCCAGGGACUGGGCCCUUGCCGGUGUCGAUGUCAGUGCUCUUUGGCGUGAGCUACACCGACUCCCGAGACAGGAGUUUCAGCGUAGGACUGAGGCUCUUCAUGCAUACAGGCUGCAAUUGGGAAUUGAAAGUUCCGAGGAGGAUGAUUCGCAACAAGGGGGUCCUCAGAGUUCUACUUCCAGGAGUGCAUUGACGCGGAGCGGCAAGAAGCAUCGGAAACGGCACAGAUGAUGCACAUGUGAUUGAUCCUGCACGCUUGAUUUGUCAUUGCGUUGCCUUUCUUCAUGCGCGUGUGUGUUGUCGUGCAUGCGCGUGUGUUGAAUAAGAGCUUCGCUUGAUCCCUCAAAGUAGGUCAUUCGUUGCUUCCUUGAUUUGAGUGCUCAUUGACCUUUGAACGUGACUUUCCGUGAUUUGUCACGUGGUGCCUCAAAGUAGGCCUUUGAUCUUAUCUGCAUUCUGACCUUUAAUCUCUUGUGCAUUCUCAGUGGUGUUGAGACGGUAGUCGCUGUAUAAACCAGUGGUUACUGUAUGGUCUCUCACUGCUUCUCGUGUGGUCGCUGUAUAAACCAGUGGUUACUGCGUUUCACUGUUUUAGUGUUAUAUUCUUGUGUAUGGGCAGUCUUGUGCAUAUCUGUACAGCCUCGCUGUUUGAUGCACCUCUGUUUUAAUCUUUGCAGCUUCGCUGUCUUCCUGUACAGCUUCGCUGUUUAGGUUCUUUGUGUUUAGGCCUGCUCCCAUGGGAGCUCGAACCGGCCUUCGCAAAAGACGCAAAAGACCAGGUUGACGGUUUACCGCCGGCGCCAGUUAUUGCUGGAAGCUUACGGGUAAUUCCGGGGCGCUGAAGAGCUAGUUGGCAAGACAAAUCUCGACGGACCUUUUGCUGACUUUUGGUCGGUUGAAAACU